AGACCUGGAGUCUAUGAAUGUUCUCUGUGGGAUGCCAGGAAACAAAUAUUUGGGACUGCAUGUUCUGAGUUUCCAGUUUUAAUACAAAUAAAUCUAGUAUUUCUAAUAUCAACUCAUUUUAAACCUGGUCACCCCAAAUCUAGUCUCACGUAGCCUGACCUUUGACUAAAGAUCUGGGAUCUAUAGCAGUUUCAGUUGGCCAAGAACCGCCCACUUGGACAGAAAAAGCCCUCUAAUUGACAUGUAAAGCGAUCAGUCACAGUCGGUUUUGAAAUGUCUGUGCCUCCAAACAAAACAUGCACUUUAACAGUCAUCUACAGUGUAUUACAAUAAAAAAAUACUAGAAAUAUUUUAUAUUAAUAAUUCUGAUUUAUUCCAUAAACAGUGAUGACAGUGACAUGGCUCUGUUAAAUAUUCAACAAAUAAAGCUUUUUAUAGCCUAUAUAUAUUUAUCAGAUGAAGGGUUUUUGCCACAGAGGAAUAUGGUGAAAAAAAAAAAAAACUAUCAGCAACUACCGGUGUUGAUUUUUUCCGAUAACCGACAGUUCCAAAAAGUAACUAUCAACACUGAUUAAUCUUUAAAACAGAUUUAUCGGUUGACCUCUAGUAGAGAGUGCAAGUACAGCACAGAAAACCUCAUUAUAGAGAAUUUCACAGACAUAACCAAAUAAACAAAGCAGAAAAUGCAGUUCUGCACGUGGAUAUCUGCAACGUGCCUCAAACAAAACUCUUAAUAUCUUUAAAAGAUUUGAGUUUACUAACCAAGCAAGCUUGGACAAAUCUGGUGUUUAUUUUGUUAUCAAAAGCGCUCAUUAUCUCAACACGGAACCUUGUGAACACAGUUGUUUCCAGGCAGACUGAUAAAACAUCCUGUGCGCUUCUACUCGUGGAAGUUCCAUCAAACCAGCCAAUAAGAUUUGACUUUUUUCUUCUGUGGAACACAAAUGAAGAUAUUUUAAAGGGGACCAGCCAUCUGGAUUACCUUUAUGCUGCCUUUAUGUCCUUUUUGGAGCUUGAAAGUUAUGAACCCCACUAACUCACAUUGUAUGGACAAAAACGUAAUACCUUUGUCUCUGUUUCACAGCAGAAACAGUUUAGAUGGCAUAAGGGUGAGUAAAUGAGAAGAGAAUUACCUUUUUUGGAUGAACUAAACUAUUAAAGCUUACAAGAUUCCUCUUAUUUUCAUUUACAAGUCUUUGCUAAAACUUGGAGGCACAAAGUGCUAUGAAAGGCCCUUAAAAUAUGGCAAUCUGCCCCUGCAUUCUUACAUUGAUAUCAGUAUUUUUAAAUAGUACCCUUAAUGUACUAGGGCAAAUGUUGAUACAGAGUUAUGCUGUCCUCCCUCAGACAGAUGAAUGGAGACUGAGCAAGGUAAAUAAAGACUUCAGCGUGUGCCCCUCCUACCCCUCCCUGCUGACCGUGCCCAAAGACAUCGAUGAUGAAACUCUCUGCAAAGCUGCUUCCUUCCGCCAUGGUGGCCGCUUCCCUGUGCUCAGUUACUACCACAAGAAAAAUGGCAUGGUGAUGAUGCGAGCAGGGCAGCCACUAACAGGAACCAAUGGGCGUCGCUGCAAAGAGGAUGAGAAACUGAUCAAUGCCACGCUUUCCGCAGGGAAGCGUGGUUACAUCAUUGACACUCGGACGAUAGCUGUAGCUCAGCAGGCUAAAGCUCGUGGAGGUGGAUUUGAACAGGAAGCUAACUACCCACAGUGGAGGAGGAUCCAUAAAGCUAUUGAGAGGUCCAUUGUUCUGCAGGAGAGUCUGAUAAAGCUGGUGGAGGCGUGCAAUGAUCAAUCUCACAGCAUGGACCGCUGGCUCAGUAAACUUGAGGCCUCCAACUGGCAGAGUCAUGUAAAGGAAAUCCUUACUACUGCUUGCCUGGCUGCACAGUGCAUUGAUAGGGAAGGGGCUUCGGUGUUAGUUCAUGGCACAGAGGGCACAGAUUCCACACUGCAGGUGACUUCACUAGCCCAGAUCAUCCUCGAUCCAGCAUGCAGGACCAUACGUGGCUUUGAGGCUCUGAUUGAACAAGAGUGGUUACAGGCCGGUCACCCGUUCCAGCAGCGUUGUGCUCAGUCUGCGUACUCCAACGGAAAGCUGCGCAGUGAAGCGCCUGUCUUCCUGCUCUUCCUGGACUGUGUGUGGCAGAUCCUGCGUCAGUUCCCAUGCUCCUUCCAGUUUAACGAGAACUUCCUGAUCAUGCUUUUCGAGCAUGCCUAUGCCUCACAGUUUGGCACUUUCCUUGGAAACAGAGUGGCCGAGAGGGUGAAGCUACAGUUGUCUCAGAAAACCGUAUCUCUGUGGUCAUGGGUGAACAGACCUCAGGAGUUGGAGCGAUUUCUCAACCCACUGUAUGAGCCCAAUAACCUGGUGAUCUGGCCCUCUGUUGCCCCUCAGAGCCUGUUGCUGUGGGAGGGGGUGUUCCUUCGCUGGAAUCGCUCCACAAAAUGUUUUGAUGAGGCUUAUCAGGAGAUGGUCCAUAUUAUAGAGUACAACAAGGAGCUGCAGAACAAAGUGAACAGCCUCCGGAGACAGCUGGCCCAGCUCGAGACGGAAGACAGCCCACUGCAGACUCCAUAAAACAUGCCAGUCCAGCAUACUGAGAGAUUUAAACAGAAUGGUACAGAUCUGAUUUGUCAUCUCUGUACUACUAAAAUACACAGAUCAGCCACAACAUUAAAAUCACCUGCCUUAUAUUGUGUAGGUCCCCCUUGUGCUGCCAAAUCAGUGCCAACCCACAUCUCAGAAUAGCAUUCUGAGAUGAUUUUCUGCUCACUACAAUUGUACAGGGUGGUUAUCUGAGUUACUGUAGACUCUGUCUGUUCGAACCAGUCUGGCCAUUCUCUGUU